AUGGAGAACGUGACAAUAUUUGACUCACCUGGAAAGGGGAGGGGACUGAAGGCUGCCAAGGAGUUUUGGGCUGGAGACGUGAUUUUUGCCGAGCCCAGUAUUGCAGCUGUUGUGUUUGACAGUCUAGCAGAGCGUAUUUGCCACAGCUGUUUUCGCAGACAGGAGAAGCUACAGAGGUGCGGCCAGUGCAAAUUUGCUCAUUAUUGUGACCGAACUUGCCAGCGCGCCGGCUGGGCCGAACACAAGCAGGAAUGUAGUGCCAUCAAAACUUAUGGCAAAGCACCAAACGAGAACAUACGCUUGGUGGCACGCGUGAUGUGGCGCAGUGAUAAAGAGGGGAGUGUGAUGUCUGACAUGCAGCUGACCACACUGGAGGAGCUGGAGGACCAUGUUGCUGACAUGCAAGAGGACGAGCUGAAGGACCUCAAAGUGGACAUCCACAACUUCCUGGACUAUUGGCCCCGUACCAGCAAGCAGCACACGAUUGACGACAUCUCACAUAUUUUUGGAGUGAUUAACUGUAACGGUUUCACUGUGAGUGACCAGAGGGGCCUUCAGGCAGUGGGAGUUGGUCUUUUCCCCAAUUUAUGUUUAGUAAAUCAUGACUGCUGGCCAAACUGCACUGUGAUCCUUAACCAUGGCAAUCAAUCGGCUGUGAAUACUAUGUUUCAUUCUCAACGGAGGAUUGAGCUGCGUUCCCUCGGUAAGAUUGAAGAGGGAGAGGAGCUGACGGUCUCAUACGUGGACUUCAUGAAUUUGUCAGAGGAGAGACGAAGGCUGCUGAAAACACAAUACUUCUUUGACUGCACAUGUGAGCACUGCAAGAACCACACCAAAGACGACUUGAAGUUGGGGGGAAGGGAAGUGGACGGAGUCAAGCCGACAGAGGAGCAGGUGAAAGAAGCAACAGAUUUUUGCUAUGAGAUGCUGGAGAAGAUGGACAAGGCUCGACUAAAGGGCGACUACCAUGAGGUAGUAAAAAUCUGCAAAGACUGCAUUGAGAGGACAGAGCCAGUUCUGGCUGAAACUCACAUCUACCAGCUGAGGAUGAUGAGCACGUUGAGUGAGGUGCAAGCCUACCUGCAGUUCUUCAACGAUGCUGCAGACUACUCACGCAAAAUGGUUGAAGGAUACAUGAAAUUGUACCAUCCGAACAAUGCUGCUCUCGGUAUGGCUGCCAUGCGAGCAGGAGUGACUCACUGGCAGGCUGGGGAGAUAGAAGUCGCCCACGGGAUGAUCUGCAAGGCCUACGCCAUUCUCAUGGUCACCCACGGUGCAACACAUCCCAUCACCAAGGACCUGGAGGCGAUGCGUAUGCAGACAGAGAUGGAGCUGAGGAUGUUCAAGCAGAACGAGUACGUUUACCACAGUAUGAGAGAGGCAGCUCUGAAGAACAAACCAAUGCAGAUGCUGCAGGAACCCACAUCUGUGGAGGAGGGAUUCAAGAACCUCUUCCGCCGGAGGAAGUAAAUGCACAGAUCAGGGAAAACCCAAGUUUGU